UUUCUUGUCAGAUAAAAACAUUUGCGCUUGCCGCAUUUAUCGAAAGUAUAUUUUGCCCCCUUUUUUUUUUUUUUCUCUAUGCCCCCUUUUCAUCUCACGCGCCGGUGAACCCUAGACUCGCUUCCCUUUUCGCCAUCGUCUCAGUUCUCAGGGGUUUUGGCAUUGGGCAUUGGUGAGAUGAUGCAAUGUGUUUGAGUGUUGGUCGAUAUCAGCAUAAAAGUAACGAUUUUUUUACAGUGAUUGCUAAAUCAGAAUAUAAGCUUCCAUGGAUGACGAUGGGGGAUUAGGCAUCCGGAAUUGGGGCUACUAUGACCCACCAUCAAAGGAAAAUCUUGGGUUGCGGCUCAUGCCUUCUCUGGUGGAGCGGGAUGUGAAGCCAGUUGUUUCAAGUAGUGGGUUCAUUCACAGGCAUUGCAAUCUUCCCGAGCCAUCACUUCCAAUGGACUUUGUGAGAGAUGGAUGGUUUCACCAUAGUAAUGACAAUGUAAAGAAUGAAUAUGUGAGGGAAGGAUGGAUACACUAUAACAAUGACAAUAGCAAGAACUUCCCUUUUUUGACAACAAACCAUCAGCAGCACACCAGUUAUAGUGUCCUCCCUGAUCCUACCAUAAUGAACAAUGUGCAGAUGUUUCAACACUUGGAGCCACAACCCAAGGAGGAGAAGGUUUUGAUGAAAGAAGAGACAGUAGAGGGAAAUGGGCCUUCUUUGAAGAAGAGAUCUAGGGGUCGUCCACAUAAAUCACCAAAGCCAAAGAAGCCCAAGAAAGCCGCAGCACCAAGAGAUGGGGUUGCUAAUGGCUCCGUUUCACAUGGAAAGGCUGGGAAGAAGAGCACAAGUAUGGUCAUUAAUGGGAUUGAUUUUGAUAUCUCAAGAAUUCCAACCCCAGUGUGCACUUGUACAGGAAAGCAACAACCAUGCUACAAGUGGGGUAUUGGAGGAUGGCAAUCAGCAUGUUGCACAACUAGCAUUUCUAUGUAUCCCCUUCCAAUGAGCACCAAGAGAAGAGGGGCACGCAUUGCUGGUAGAAAGAUGAGCCAGGGUGCAUUUAAGAAGGUACUGGAGAAGCUAGCGGGAGAAGGUUAUAACCUUUCUAACCCGAUUGACUUGAGGACAUUCUGGGCCAAGCAUGGCACUAACAAGUUUGUGACUAUCAGGUAAAGAUUUUGUUGGAUAGGUUUAUGAAUCAUUGCCUUUGCAAUGGAUCAUUGCUUCUCUAAUGUAGAUUAAUUUGUGUCCUGUGGAAAUCGUUCGAUAUAACUUGAGUGUUCUUUUUUGUAUUAUUAGUCUUAACAUGGUUUAUGGGGCUUAGACACUCAGGUUAUAUCAUCAAAGCUUGUAGCUUUUUGUGCGAAACAAUGCACCCUAAGAUGAUCCUUUCACCUACUACAUAUAAUUUUUUGUUUACUUGCUUCUUCUUGAGAUUAAGCUUGUAUGGCAGUGUCCUAACAAGUGCUGUUUAAUGUUUCUACUGUUUUUAUGAUGUUUUGAGUCA